AUGGCGGCCUGGCUGGGCCGGCUGUCUCUGGGCGACGCCUGGUACAACAUGUACUCCCGCCUCCUGAGGACCAAACCCGUGGGCUCCAUGGGUCACAGCUCAGACGACCUCACCGAGCUCGCAGAGGGGUCAGGGGUCGGGCUCGCCAAGGUCCUGACCACCGUGGACCUGGUGUCCCUCGGCGUGGGCAGCUGCGUGGGGACGGGGAUGUACGUGGUCGCAGGGCUGGUUGCGAAGGCGAUGGCUGGGCCCGGGGUCAUCCUGUCUUUCAUCAUCGCAGCGCUGGCGUCCAUUCUGUCAGGGGUGUGCUACGCAGAGUUCGGUGUCCGCGUCCCAAAGACGACCGGCUCGGCCUACACCUACAGCUACGUCACAGUCGGGGAGUUUGUGGCAUUUUUCAUUGGCUGGAACCUGAUCCUGGAGUACCUGAUCGGCACAGCGGCGGGGGCGUCGGCUCUCAGCAGCAUGUUCGACUCUCUGGCCAAUCACAGCAUCAGCAACUACAUGAUCACGCACCUGGGCACGCUCAGAGGACUCGGUAAAGGAGAGGACACGUACCCUGAUCUCCUGGCCCUCUUCAUCGCCCUCCUGGUCACGGUGAUCGUUGCUCUGGGGGUUCGUAACUCGGUGGGUUUCAACAACGUCCUCAAUGUCGUCAACCUGGUGGUCUGGGUCUUCAUGGUCAUCGCAGGACUCUUCUUCAUUUCUGCCAGCAACUGGGGGAGCGGAAAGUUCCUGCCUUACGGCUGGUCGGGGGUGAUGCAAGGGGCGGCGACUUGCUUCUACGCAUUCAUUGGAUUUGACAUCAUCGCAACGACUGGAGAGGAAGCGAAGAACCCCAACACCUCCAUCCCAUACGCCAUCACCGCCUCCCUGGUCACCUGCCUCACCGCCUACGUGUCGGUGAGCGUGAUCCUGACUCUCAUGGUUCCCUACAACCUGAUUGAUGGCUCCGCCCCCCUCAUGGAGAUGUUCGCGGUGCACGGCUUCCUGUGGGGGAAGUACACGGUGGCUGUGGGCUCCAUAGCUGGACUGACGGUCUCUCUGCUCGGCUCUCUGUUCCCCAUGCCCAGAGUCAUCUACGCCAUGUCUCGAGACGGACUGCUGUUCAAGUGUCUGUCUCAUGUAUCUGCGCUCACACACACCCCAGCAAUGGCCUGUGUGGUGUCGGGGAGCUUCGCGGCUAUCCUGGCUCUGCUGGUGAGCCUCAGAGACCUGAUCGAGAUGAUGUCCAUCGGCACCCUGCUGGCCUACACUCUGGUCUCUGUGUGCGUGUUGUUACUGCGAUACCAGCCGGACGAACAGACCGACACUCACCAGUUCAUCUCUGAGGACGGCGUGGACGGCCUGAAGCACCUGGACGACGGACCGGUCCCCACCAAAGACGACCAGAUGCUUAUCGGAGGCGCAGACGGCGAUGGCUCGUCGUCGUACCACACCGGUGGGACUGAAGGCGAAGGAGACGACUCUGAGUUCCACACAGGCCACGCCUCUUUGCUGAAAAGGCUUCUGGGAGGUCAUUACUACACCCUGAGGCUGCGGCUGGGGAUACCGGACGCAUCAGCCCGCCCGACCCCCGCCUCCGGCCGUAUCGUGACCCGAUGCACCCUCCUCCUCUUCUUCAUGUCCUUCCUCCUCUGGUCCACCGUCAUAUUCGGCGUAGAACAGGGAUCGGGCGUGGGGGCGGUGUUUUCAGGACUCAUGGCCACGCUCAUGGCGGGGUCGUGGGCGAAGCUCCUCAUAACGAUCAUACAGCAGCCGGAGAGCGGGAAGAGGCUGCCCUACAUGGCGCCGUGUGUACCCUUCAUUCCUGCGGCGGCCAUAUUGGUCAACAGCUACCUCAUGCUCAAACUGUCUCCUCUCACCUGGGCCAGGUUCACCGUGUGGUGCUUCAUAGGUCUGUUGAUCUACGGGUGUUACGGGGUUUGGCACAGUACGCUCGAGCUCAACGCUCGCGAGCAGCAGGCGCACGCCAGCUCCUACCAGCGCUACGACGACCACCUGGACGACACCUUCUCCCCCGAUGACAGCAGCUACCCCCAGGAGACGGACGAGAAACCCUACCAAGGCUGGUCCGCCCCUGAGGAGAGGGGGUACCCGUACCAGCAGAAUCAGGACCAGAACCAGCAGUAUGAAGACCUGGAUGGAGAGCAGCAUCAGAGCCAGUAUGAGGAUAACGGGGACCAGUAUGGGUACCAAUCUGGAUCAGGAGGCCAGAAUGAGAGCAGAGGGAGCAGAACCAGAGGACGGACCAAUCACGGGUUUGAUGCAGAGGAAGAGGAAGACUGAGAAGAGGAGCUUCCUGUUUCUUCUGAUCAGAACUCAUCAUGAAUAAACUUUUAAAGUGCCGACGAUAGAAACACCAAAGUCACAUCAGGGGAUUGGAUUUCUGACCGUCUCAGCGUGAACACCUGGUUUGGAUUUCAGGGGUGAAGGUGGAGGAUUGGACUCAGUCAUGGACGCCUCCCACCUCACGGGUCACUGAAGGAGGGCCUCGGAGGAACUUUACUCAUGCUUCCAGGGAACCUUCAAUUUUAGUUCUCCAACUUUCGGACAUGUUUUCUUCAAUUUGGUAAAAAAAAAAGAGAUGAAAUAACGUUUCAAACUUUUAAUGUUUUUAAAUCCCUUCCACAGGAGACCCUGGAUCUUAUUUCCCACUCCACUAACACGACACCUCACAGUUUGUUUGAAACCUACUCAUCUCUGACACUCAAACUUUGAAGCCCUUCAUCCAUGAAUCAAAAAGAGGACACCCUUCUCCUAAUCACCUUCCAACGUUUAAUGUUUACCACACACGACUUUGUGGAAUCACUAACAGGACUUCUAAACUUCUUCGUGCACACCGCAGACUUCUCCCUUUCAGCUCAGAGAACAGACUUGAACGUCUCUUCGGUCUCUGGAUAUCUCCCCUGUGGCGCUCUGAGCCCUGAAACGAUUCCUCUUCCUGUCGGAGUGAUCGGUGUUCACACUGACGGAGUGUUUGCUUUAUUUAUUGACUGAAGAUACGAGUUGUGUUGACGUGUGUUCGUGAGAAGUAGUGUGAUGUUUUGUCUGAAUAGUGGGAAUAAAUUUCUCAUACAGAGUGAAAA